AUGUAUCUCCGCAGGGCGGUCUCCAAGACGCUGGCGCUGCCCCUGAGGGCGCCUCCCGGCCCCGCGCCGCUCCAGAAGGACGCAUCUCUUCGCUGGAUGUCAUCUAAUAAAUGGUUUGGAUCAUCUGGAUCAAAUAUGAUCUAUUAUCUGGUUGUAGGUGUCACGGUCAGUGCUGGUGGAUAUUAUACUUACAGGACGAUCACAUCAGAGCAAGCCAAACACAUGGAACGUGUAACAAAUUUGAAAGAAAAAAACAAAGCAGAGUUACAUCCACUUCAAGGUGAAAAAGAGAACGUGGCGGGAGCGGAGAAAGCAAGUUCAGACGUUUGUGAAGUGUCUGCCCUGGAAGUCCUGGAGGUAGAUGCGGAAGAUAGUCCAGAUGUUACAGCUGCAGCGGUAGAAGAGGCUUCAGCCUGUCCCGGGGAUGUGGAGGACACUGCCGGGGAGCCCGACGCGGUCAGUGCUAAAGUGGGGGCAGAGGCGACAGAGGCCGCGCUGGGCACCACCGCAGAAGCCAGCGCCGAAGCGCCCCCAGAGGUUCAGAGUGCCCCUCUGGAUGGAGCUGUUGCGGGAAAUGAUGAUAAAGGGACAGCAGACAAGGAAAGCGCUGGUGGAAAUGCUGAACGAGAAGAAGAGAGUCCUCCCGUUGAAUCAGAAUCCUCUGCUGGGGAUGAUUUACAGGAGCAAGCCAGCAUUGGUUCCGACGCCCACGCCCCGGCUCAAGGCUAA